UCCAAAUUCAUUCUAUUUGAGGUUUUGGGCAAGAGUUGUUUGUCUAUCAAAUAAUAGUAUAGUUGGGCUAGCGUUCAGCAACCAACAAUUCUGAUUAUUCAUUCAUUCAUGCCUUCUCUUUCUUCUUCUUCUUCUUCUUCUUCUUCUUCUUCUUCUUCUUCUAACUGUUGUUGCUGGUGAUAGCUGGUUUCAGCAUGUACACAAAGUGUGGGAUGAUUGGAGUUUCACAUUUCAAAUCAAUUAUCAACCAUAAAUGGUGGAUUUCCACUCAAUUUCCUGCAUACACAAACAUACAUAAUGUCAUUUCAAGAAGAUUUGUAUCUGAAGUUCUCUUUGAAAGGGGAAGCAGCAAUGUUGUCGACAACGGACGGUUGCAAAAUUUUCCAUCAUCUUCAUAUGAAGCAGCAAUGGAAAAACUUUCAUCUCUUAUUACUCGCCAAAGGCGUGGGGAGAAGCCACCUAUUGCUAAUAAAUUAGAAAAGAUGUCAAUGUAUCUCAAGAUAUUGGGUUUGGAAGAAGAUAUGAAUAGUCUCAACAUUAUUCAUGUGGCAGGCACAAAGGGAAAGGGUUCAACGUGCAUAUUCUGUGAGGCAAUCCUAAGGGAGUGUGGUAUUCGCACUGGAGUUUUCACAUCCCCUCACCUAAUUGAUGUGCGUGAACGGUUUCGUAUAGAUGGGAUUAACAUAUCAGAAGACAAGUUUUUACAGUAUUUCUGGGAUUGUUGGAAUCAAUUGGAGGAAAAAGCAACGGAGCAGCUUCCAAUGCCCCCGUUGUUUAUGUUUCUUACUAUAUUGUCCUUCAAAAUAUUUAUAUCCGAACAGGUUGAUGCUGCCAUUAUAGAAGUUGGUCUUGGAGGCACAGAAGACUCAACAAACGUGAUUAAAGAGCCUACUGUCUGCGGCAUUACUUCAUUGGGGAUGGAUCAUACUGAGAUAUUAGGGGAUACUCUUGGACAGAUAGCGUCACACAAGGCAGGGAUUUUUAAGCCUAAAGUUCCUGCCUUCACAGUACCCCAACUUCCUGAAGCAAUGGAUGUUAUCCUUGAGAGGGCCAAAGAACUCAUGGUUCCACUGGAAGUUACUGAGCCUUUAGAUUGUAAACAAAUGAAGGGAUUAAAGUUCUGUUUAUCUGGUGAUCACCAACUCUAUAAUGCUGCUCUUGCAGUCUCACUCUCUAGAUGCUGGCUUCAGAGAACAGGAAAUUGGGAAAAAGUUUGUCAAAACGAUUUUCAGGAUUCUAAUUUGCCAGAUGAAUUUAUUAGAGGUCUUUCAACUGCCAAUUUUUCUGGGAGGUCUCAGAUUGUUUGUGACUCUUCUCUAUAUUCUGACUGCCCAGAGAUUAUGUCUGAAAAUUGUGGCGGAGAGUUGAUAUUUUAUUUGGAUGGAGCUCAUAGUCCAGAGAGCAUGGAGGCAUGUGCAAAGUGGUUCUCUAAUGCCUUAAAGGGAUACAAAAAUGCAUCGCAAACGUCUAUUGGUGUAGUAAAUGCAGAGGAAUCAUCAGAAAAUGGUCCCUUUCUACAUGAGAGCAAGACCUUGGGGACAUUUGAAAAAUCUUGUAGGCAGAUUCUUCUAUUCAAUUGCUUAGAUGUGAGAAAUCCCAAAAUUUUGCUUCCACAGUUAGUGAACGAAUGUGCUUUGUCAGGUAUUCAUUUCUCAAGAGCACUUUUUGUUCCGAGUAUGUCCAAGUACACUAAGGUUACUUCUGGUGCAUCAGUUAUUCCUUCUGAUCUCAGUGGGAUAGACCUGUCAUGGCAAUUUAACCUUCAAAGAAUAUGGGAGAAGAUUAUGCAUGGGAAGGAAAUGACCCCUUUGCUUGACAAGGAUUUCAAGAUAGAGAGCAAGCUGAUGUUACCACCUCAUGAAUUUUUAUAUGAUAAUGCUUCAAAGGGAGGUCCUUCCCACAACGAUUUUCCAUGCAGUGCAGUAAUACCUUCAUUGCCAUUGACAAUAAAAUGGUUGAGGGACUGCGUCAAAGAACACCCAUCAACAAGACUUCAGGUUCUUGUCACUGGAUCUCUGCAUUUGGUUGGAGAUGUCCUAAAGCUCUUGAAAAGAUGAUUUAAAUUGAAGUAUACCAAUUGGCUUUGGAAAUUUCUAUUGCAGCCAAAAUUGCCAUUAUUUUAAUGAUUUUAGAGACACUGAGUUCAUGUGACUUCUCAAGGACAUGCAUAUAUUUCUUCCUAUUUUGCAAAUUAUGUUCCACAUCAUCAUCAUCAUCUAAAUGAAGGACUGUCAUUGUUAAACUUGAGAAAGUUCAGUAUAGGAAAGUCCGCGGCGGUGCGGUACUACAGUAGGAGAACCGUGCAAUAAAUGUACGUCCCAAAAUUUUUAUUUAUUUUGUGUCGAGUAGCUUGGUGGCUAGAAAUUCACCUUUUAAGGUGAAUAAGUUUCGAAUUUAGGAUUUCAAUCCAGACCCCUGUAUACUAUACUGUAACAUUCAUACCAACUGAGUUAUGCUCGCUAGGAUUAUACGUCCCAAAUUUCUAUUAUCAUGUUUUGUGAUCCAUUUAUUAA